AUGACGCCACCCUUGAUCACGCUGGAGGAGCAUUUCCUGUCCGAUAGCGCCGGUGAUGAUGUUAAAGCUCUCUACUCGGAGCAGGUGGGGAAUAUCCCUGAGCUGGCAGCAAAGCUUUCGGACCUCGGUCCUAUACGAUUGCAGUCCAUGAAUGAGAACAAUGUCUCAAUUCAAGUUAUUUCACAUGGCCCUGGACCGCUGCAGGCAGAGCAAUGCAAAGCCGCCAACGACCAGCUCGCGGCCGCCGUCAAGGCGCAGCCCGACCGUUUCGCAGGCUUUGCUGUCUUGCCAGUAACAGACCCGGGCGCGUCGGCCAAGGAGCUCACACGGUGCAUCAGGGAACUCGGAUUCGUUGGCGCCCUCAUCGACAAUAGGUCCGGCAACACUUACUACGACGGGGCGGAAUACGAGCCCCUGUGGGCCGCGGCGCAGGAGCUCGACGUGCCCAUCUACCUGCACCCGACGUGGCCGACGGGGGAGCAGCUCGACCUGCUGUACACGGGCAACUUUGCGCGGUCGGCCACGCUGAGCCUGUCGGCGUCGGGCUGGGGUUGGCACUCGGACGUGGCGCUGCACAUCUUGCGGCUCUUUGCCGCGGGCGUCUUUGACCGGUUCCCUCGCCUCAAGAUCAUUGCCGGCCACAUGGGGGAGAUGCUGCCUUUUAUGCUGGACCGCAUCGUGCAGCUCUCGCCACGCUGGGGCGCGCGGGACCGGCCCUUUCGCGACGUCUACGCGGCCAACCUCUGGAUCACGACGAGCGGCGUCUGGAGCGUGGACCCCAUGGCCACCAUUCUGCGCAAUACCCCGAUUGACCACAUCUUGUAUAGUGUCGACUACCCCUUUGCCAAGAAUGAGAAUGGCCUCAAGUUCAUGAAGGAUUUCGAGGCGAGCGGUCUGGUCAGCCCGGAGCAGCUGGAUCAGAUUGCUUACAAGAAUGCUGAACAGCUGCUCGGUGUCAAGGUCACCAAGAGAUUUUGA